CGAAUAUAGCAACCAGUGUCGUCUUUUAACAUCGUCUGGGUAGCAUGUCGAAGAUACUGCUAGUUCUAGCUUGUCUUAUUGUGGUCCUUAAUGCGGGAAGGGUAUUUUCAGAUUACAAACCGUUAACCAGCAGUCCUUGUACCUGGUCCAAGGCAAGACUCCGAUAUAAAUGGAAGGAGAGUCCAGGCAAGGGAUGUAAAAUCUGCCGCUGUGUUAUGAAGAAUGGAUCGCUUUGGCAGGAUUGCAAAACGUAUCCACGACCGACCAGUUGGGUAGAGAAUUGCCGAACAGAGCGACGGAAUUGUAAAUACUCGGUGGUUCGUGCUGACGACCCGACCACAACAUGCAAGGUGCUCGCGUACACCACAUACCGGUAUAAAAUAUGGGUGGCAGACAGAACAAAUACAAAGUAAUGGUUGGCGGUAUAUUCUCAACGGACUGCGCCGCUAUGAAUAAAAAUACAGUCUCAAAAUUUGAA